AUGGGCCAAGGCACUCAGCGGCCCGAGACGUCGCCAUCCAACCCGACAGCAACUUCCUCCAUCGACGUCAUGCCUACAAGCGAGACGCAGGAGAGCGAGGUCCCCCAGGACGACACGACUCCUGCAGCAAGUAGCCGUGCGGGAGAAGGUGUCAAGCCUUCCAUCGAAGCCGGAGUGUCCUCGAGAGCCUCGUGCGACAGUCCGCCAGGCGCCCUUGCUGUAGGGCAAGGUGCUUCGUCCUCUUCCUCGUCAUGUUGGUCUGGAGGAGGCGCAGCAUCCUCUUCGGCGGACCCUUUUGUCACCGACCUGCACGCCUUCCAUGGCUGCGUGAAGCUGGAAGCUUUGCCAGCGGGGCAGUUUACAAAAGUCAAAGGCUGGAAGAAGAAUUCCAUCUUCGGCAAGAUCCUCCGCUACGACUGGAACAAGCCUGGCGAGGCUGAGGUGCGCACCGUGGUCAAGGACAUGGCCCUGCAGCUGGUGGAUAGUUGCCGCAGGUACACCCGAAACGAUCGCGAUGCCUGGAGCCACAGAGUGGACUCGCCUGAGGACGCCCUGAACGAGAUUGGGGUAUACACCUACUUUCGGAACCAGCAGCGGCAAUGCCCAUAUGUGCUGUCGAUGCUUGGUGGCUUCCUGACCAACGUCAAGACGGAUGAUGGCGGGACGGAACAGAGGGUUUGGCUCGUUCUCCAAAACUGCGACGGCGGGGACCUGUUCGAUAGCAUACAAGCGAUGCGGGAGCAGGGAGGCGGCUUACUGCCCGAGGCUGAUCUAAAGAGGUACGUCUGGCAGAUCCUUCAAGCCGUGAAAUACCUCCACGAGCACAACGUAGGCCACCGGGACAUCUCCCUCGAGAACUUGCUGCUCAGGCAAGGCCGGGUCCAGCUCAUGGACUUUGGUCAAGCCGUGCUGUUGCGGGAUGCCAAUGGCCUGGACUUCCACUACUUCCGGCUUGUUGGCAAAGAGUACUACCGCGCACCGGAAGUCUACGUGCCCUCGAACGAGACCUGCCCCAACCUCCGGGUGCAGGCGCCAGUCCCCGCGACUUGGACCCCUGGGCGCGAGGUCCAGGUCAUGGGUGGCGGCUACUUGUGCCUCCUGCGAUUUCCGGACACCGCGACACCGGGCCUGGCAUCCGUUGCCACUCUGUCUGGCUACACGGUCGCACCCGUCGAUGUGUUCGCAUGUGGCGUCGCCAUGUUCAUCCUCCACGCGCAGGUGCAGCCUUGGAAACAAGCCCUGCUGGCCAAUCAGAACUUCAGGUGGGUGUACGACAACGGCAUCAAGGCGCUGCUAGAAAACUGGAGAAAGCCGCUGCAGAGCCAACACGCGUCAGAGCUCCUUACGGGCAUGAUGAACGUCUAUUCGGCUCACCGCUGGACUGUCCAUGAGUGCUUGGCCAGCCCUUGGUUCGCUGACGUCGAGCAGGCCGAUGCUCCACGCACACCUGGUGCGACGAGUCCUGCCGGCGCCAGCGCUGCGGCACCCAGUGAGGCAAGUGGAGCUCCGGCAGACGCGAGGCUGUCGGAUGAUUCAGCCGGCUACCCGGCCAGCUGA